UAUCUUGACUCCUGACUUGGAAAACAAGAAGCAUCCCUCUUUCCCUUCUUCUCGCCCCUGCUCAGUGAACGCUGGCACCCAGAGAAGAAAUCGACAAGGAGCUACUCGUAUUCUUUCGGUUCUAGCUCUGCUUCUGUAUCUUUUGAGAUUGUGAGGUGAAGGAGAGGGGAAGCUGUUGCUUGAAGAAAUUCUGGAUCGGGCGAGUAGGAAGAAGAAUGUCGGGAGUAGUAUACGAGGGAUGGAUGCUGCGCAUUGGUCACAUCAUCGGUCGGAGGAAGACCGGAAUUUCGUUCAUCCACAUGUUUUUUUUUCCGUUUUUAGUAUGCCUUUCUCCUAUGGACUUCUUGCAGAACCUUUCUUCCAUCCCCAUGCUGUACUUUGUACUCGAGAAUAGGGUUCUUGCUUGUUACAAGAGGAAGCCCCUGGGUAAUAAGGUUCCUAAAAAAACCCUUUUCAUAGAUGAGAAUUGCAGGGUGGAGGAUAGAGGACGUAAGAUUUACCGUGGACAUACGGUAUAUGUACUGUGUGUGUACAACAAAAAGGACAAGUAUCAUCGAAUUAUGAUGGCAGCGCUCAAAAGCUGGGAGGCUCGGAUCUGGAAGGAGAAAAUUGAAUCUGUGAUUGACCAGCAUAAAGAUUUAAACACAGAUAAUGGAAGUAUGCUACAUGCUCCGUGUCUGGCCAAAGCUGGCAUUAAUGCUGAUGGGAACGCUUCUUCAUCUGACAGGGAAAGCCUGGCAAGUGCCGAGGAUGAGGAAGUAACAAACCGCACAAUGAUUCGUAGGACAACAAUUGGCAAUGGCCCUCCUGAAUCAAUGCUUGAUUCGACACGCCAGGGUGAUUUGACACGACAGGGUGAUUCGGUGUUAUCAAAUCAGAGUACUUCAGAUGAAGUUUUUUCUAGAAAACAUUGGCGCCUUGUCAGCUGCCAGAAUGGUCUUCGCAUUUGGGAAGAGCUUUCGGUAGCUGAUUACCUUCCAAGAAGUUGUAGUAGAGCAAUGAAAGCUAGUAGUGUGGUGGAGGCCACUUGUGAAGCAAUAUUUGAACUUGUGAUGUGCAUGGAUGGAACUCGAUUUGAGUGGGACUCCAGCUUCCAAUAUGGUAGCUUAGUAGAGGAGGUAGAUGGACAUACUGCAAUAUUAUAUCAUAGACUGCAGCUGGGCUGGCUUUCCACGCUUUUGUGGCCACGUGAUCUGUGCUAUGAGCGUUAUUGGAGACGUAAUGAUGAUGGAAGCUAUGUUGUGCUUUUUCGGUCUAUGGAGCAUCCAAAUUGCAGUGCACAACCAGGAUUUGUCAGGGCCCAUAUUGAGAGUGGUGGAUUCAAGAUUUCUCCUCUAAAAUCCCGUGAUGGGAGAACUCGAACAGAAGUUGAACAUCUCCUUCAAAUUGAUUUAAAAGGAUGGGGUGUUGGUUAUUUUCCAUCAUUUCAGCAACUUUGUUUGAUUCAGAUGUUGAACAGUGUAGCUGGUUUGCGUGAAUGGUUUGCCCAAGCGGAUGAAACCCACACAGUUCCAAAUAUGCCAGUUAUGAUGAGCAUAUCUUCAGGUUCAGUUUCUUCCAAGAUGGGAGGGGAAAGCCAUGAUAACUUUAAUCAGUCAAUUUCUUUGGAUGAAGAAUCAGAUGAGUAUGAAGAUUGCCUGACUCUGGAACCUGAAGAAAUGAUGGACUCUGUCGAUGCUGAGAAUGUUAUGAAGCAACCAGAUGAGGAUCCAUUGGAUCAGCUUGAUUUGUCAUCCUUUUCUGGCAAUUUACGACAUGAUGAUCGUGAUAAUAUCCGAGAUUGUUGGAGAAUGCUUGAUGGAAACAACUUCAAAGUCCGUAGCAAGACGUUCUGUUAUGACAAAACAAAGGUACCUGCAGGCAAGCCUUUUAUGAAGCUUGUAGCAAUUGAUUGGUUCAAGGAUGUGAAAAGGAUGGACCAUGUUGCGAGGAGACAAGGCUGUGCGGUUCAGCCGGCAGGUGGCAGUGGCGACAGUGGUGGCAGUGGUGGCCAACGAAAGGUGGAGGUGGCCGGAGGGUGGUGGCUGAGCUUGCUUACGGCUGCCUCUGAGAAGGGACUGUUCACUUUGGUCGUAAAUGUUCAAGUUCCAGGUUCAACCCAUUACAGUAUGGUCUUUUAUUUUGUGUCAAAACCACUGGUUUCUGGGUCAUUGCUGCAACGUUUUGUUGAUGGUGAUGAUGAAUUCCGAAACAGUAGAUUCAAGCUAAUCCUCUCUGUUCCUAAGGGUUCUUGGAAAGUUCGUCUAAUUGUAGGAAGCACCCGAUGCUUACUAGGAAAAGCAGUUGAUUGUACCUAUAUUCAUGGACCAAAAUACUUGGAAAUUGAUAUAGACAUUGGUUCUUCUACUGUAGCUAAUGGAGUUCUGGGACUAGUCUUUGGUGUGAUUUCUACUUUGGUAGUCGACAUGGCCUUCCUUAUACAGGCAAAUACUUAUGAGGAGCUCCCCGAACGGCUCAUUGGAGCUGCUCGUGUUUCGUGGCUAGAACAUUCUUCUGCUAUAGUUCCACAACUUGAGCCCAACACCUCAACUGAAUAAGAGACAUUAAAAUUGUGAUAUUGCAUCUCAAAUUCCUUCAAUCUUUUCUGGCUCGUUAAAAUGCUUCAUAAAAUUGGUCUAAAGCAUGAUAUGCAUUAUUCAACUCCAAUGUUGCAGCAUGGCUGGUCCUUGUCUGGCUCUUCUAAAGCAGAGUAUCCAUAGUGUAUAUAUAACGUAGACAGGUAACAUGUCCAGAUAAGCUGUUACUGAUAAUAAGUAGUGUUUUAGAGCUUUGAAUAAUUUAUUAUAUCUGCUGCACUGCAAAGAUGGGAACUUUGGGCUUUUAUUUUUUAUAUUUUUGCUUGUUCAAGUUUUGGAAUCUGUUUGACAAACUAGCGACUUUGAUGUAAAAUGUAGCGAAUUUUAUUGAUUGUACAAAAUGAUUGAAGGCCAAUGUUGUUGACGAGGGAACAAAAAGGAGCAAUUAUAAAUUAUGUGAAAUUAUACAGUACAAAA